AAACGGCACGCAUCUCUCGCUCCCUCACAUACACACACACACACAAACCCCCACCCCGAGUAUGCACACUUAUUCAUGGACUUUAUUUGAGCAGGGUAGUGCAAACGUCUGUGGUGUUUGCACCCUUACGGUUGUUUACGCGUUCCUCAUCAGGCGUUAGGCCUACGCUUCAUAUGCAGACUCAUGAAAACCAGCUGACGCAGGAGAGAGUUGAGAGCGUGCAGUAUAGGACGUUUUCCCUGUUGCACGUUUCCGAUUUAAGACGACGUAAGUGCGGAUACUCAACUAUGAUGUUUGAUUUUCUUAUAAUUAGCGCAGCUCUGCUGGGCAUCGGUUACGCGGUCUUGUGGUUAACGGUUUUGAAAAUGCCAAGGUUCAAAAGAUCUGUGAAAUUAAACGGGAAGACGGUUAUCAUAACGGGUUCAAACACAGGUAUUGGCAGGGCCACGGCACUGGACCUUGCCAAAAGAGGAGCACGAAUAAUACUGGCCUGUAGAGACAAGCAACGAGCUGAAAGCGCAGCCAACGACAUUAAAAAGCAAAGUGGGAACAACGAGAUCGUAUAUAUGCACUUGGAUCUCGCCAGUCUACAAUCUGUGCGUUCUUUUGCUGAAAACUUUCUCAAAACCGAGCCCAGACUGGACAUACUCAUCAACAACGCUGGAGUUGUGAUAGACGGCAAGACCAAGGAUGGUCUUGGAAUGAUCUUUGGAGUCAAUCAUAUUGGCCAUUUCCUAUUAACUGUUCUGUUGCUGGACCGACUGAAGGCGUGUGCCCCCAGCAGAGUGGUGACCGUCUCCUCACGGGGUUAUGAGAUCGGGAACAUCGAUUUCGAAUGCAUCAACGCCCACAAGGACCUCGGCCGGGGAAACUCCGCAUUAAGCUUGCUCAGGCUAUACACCCACAGUAAACUCUGCAAUAUUCUGUUCACCCACGAACUGGCCAAGAGACUCGAGGGCACAAACGUAACAUGCUACAGUCUCCAUCCAGGAGCUAUACGUACGGAAAUAGGUCGGCACGCGAACCUGUUGUGGAAGAUGGUCUUGACGCCCAUCAUGGCUCUGUUCUUUCGGGACGUGGAGUCGGGGGUCCAGACGACUCUCUACUGUGCCCUCCAGGAGGGCAUCGAACACUUAAGCGGACGUUACUUCUCCAAGUGCGCUGUGCAGAAGGUGCGUGCCAAGGCCAGAGAUGACGCCACCGCCAAGAAGCUUUGGGAAGUCAGUGAGAGGCUGAGUGGUCUUGCUUAACGUCAAACGUGCUGCCAUGCAUCGAUUUGUUAGGUUUAAUUUCAGCUGCGCUCGUUUCAGUUUUAUUUUACCAACGUCAUGUUCUAAUAUAUUAGCGCAGGGUGUUUGGCAACAGCCCAGGAACCUGGAGGAAAAGGCUGUGGUGGGUUAAGCAGGUGUGGUGUAGCUGGAGGCUACGUGUCUAGAACCCUUUGUAAGUGAGAGGCAUGUAGAUUGGAAAUGCCUCUCAUGAUCACUAACAGAGACCCCCCACACCCAACCUGCCCAACGAGCAAUGUAACAAUAACUAGUAAGCACCUGUGCUCUCGAAAUACUAACAGAUCACCAUUUUGUCUUUUCAUAAAUCCUUCUGAGACUGACAGAAGACAAUAGCUUAGUGCCGUGGACUCUGACUUCAUUUAUUGGCCAUUAUUGUCUUUGUGCCUGUCUGCCAUACUUAUUCACUUUAAUCUGAAAAAGGGGGAACUUGUUAUACAAACGCGACCAAAUAAUGUGUAAAGAAAUCCACAGGUUAUGUCCUUCAGAGAUGGACGCACGCUGAUGAAUCUCUGUAGUGUUGUGCAGCAUCGUUGACGUGGGAAAGAAGUGACGUACAGCAGGAAUUCAGAAGCUUCAUUUAAAUUGUUUUCAUUCCUAGGUAAGGUAGAUAAUCCCACACUGCACGUAUUUUAGGAGAAAUGGCAAAACUCAGCUGGAUUCAUUCAUGCUAUAUAUUCAUUCAUGUUAUUGUUAUAUUUCCAGAUCAAAAAAUAAAACACGAUUAUAACAAUUAAGAAUGCAAGCUGCUCGAAAGCACGUGACUACAACCUAAACAUAUGAGCAGUCCGCUAAAUCAGAUUAACCAACUCUUGUAACAACUGAAGUGCAAAAGAUUCUAGGUUUCAUUUCUUGAGUAAUGUAUUCAGUUUCUAUCUUUUUCUUAAAUAAAGUUUGACAUGUGCAGAGGCCGA